AUCAUCGAUAUUCUAAUCAUAAAACUUCCAAAAUGCCAUAGAACUUGCGUUAUACCACAACUGGACUUCAUGAAAGGGGUGACAACGCUGAGAUGGCUCAAGUACAGCCAUACAGUGCCUGUCCGUGUCUCACGAGGAGUGGAAAUACCUAGACUAUGGCGACAAGCCCGACAACGAUGUCCCCGUCCAUACAAUAUCCAACAACUCCGAUAUAGCUCUAGUCCUAGGACCCCCUCCACUAACCCCUCAAUCUCUCCCAUCCUCCUCACCCGCGCCUCAUCUCUCGUGUCCGAACAUGCGCGCCUCACCACCCAACUCUCCGCCUCCUACGACCUCCCCACCGCCAAACGCGUCGGCGAACUCACCCCAAUCGCCAGCGCCCUCACCUCGUACCAAUCCGCCCACGAAGCCGUCACAACCCUCGACUCCUUCCUAUCCGACCCAACCACCGACCCGGAACUUCUCCCCCUCGCUGAAGCAGACCUCCCAGACGCCAUAAACGACUUCAAAACCAGCACGACCGCUCUCCUCGCCUCCCUUCUCCCCCCGCACCCAUUCGGGAACCUUCCCUGCCUGCUUGAAAUUCGGCCCGGCGCCGGCGGGCAAGAAGCUUUCCUGUUCGCGGGGGACCUGUUCCGGAUGUACAAAGCCUACUGCUCCGCACACAACCUCCCCUGCACGGUUCUCAAAUACGAGACGGCGGAUGGUAUCUCCGAUCCGAACGGCGCGGAGGCACCUCUACAAGAAGGCGUGAUAGAAAUCGGGCAGGAGGGCGCAUACGGUUUACUACGGACUGAAGCCGGCGUCCACCGCGUCCAGCGGGUCCCGGCGACCGAGGCGAAAGGUCGGACCCACACGAGCUCCGCAGCGGUGAUGGUACUCCCGAGUUUCCCAGCCACGUCGACCGGCGAAGAAGGGGCGAUCGACGUGAACGACCCGAACAGCGACUACUACGUGGACCCCAAAGAGGUCCGGACGGACAUCAUGCGGGCGAGCGGGGCGGGCGGCCAACACGUGAACAAGACGGAAAGUGCGGUGCGGUUGCUGCACGGGCCGACAGGGAUCGUGGUGUCGAUGCAGGAUUCGCGGAGCCAGCAUCAGAAUCGGGAGAAGGCGUGGCAGGUGAUGCGGGCGCGGAUUGCGGAGAAGCGGAGGGAGGCGCGGGAGGAGGAGGAGGCGAGGUUGCGGAGUAGUGUUAUUGGGGUGGCGAAGGUGGGGAGGGAGCAUAAGGUGCGGACGUAUAAUUGGCAACAGAGGAGGGUGACGGAUCAUCGGAGUGGGUGGAGUGAGCAGCGGUUGGGGAGCGUGUUGGAGGGUGGGGAGGGGUUGGAGGACUGUAUGAAGAGCGUGAGGGGAUGGAUGAUUGAGCGAGAGGUGGAGGCUCUAGUGGCAAUGGAUGAGGCGCAGGAGAAGGGGAAGACGAAGACGAAAUCCAAAUCCAAAUCGAAGUAGAUGUAGGAGAUGGUCCGGAGUUGAAUAAUGUACGGACUAUUUGUAGUUGGAAGAUACCCAGGAUCGUGGCAAUGUAGUCACAUUGUACUUAAAUAUCCCCGCAGGCGAUCUCCAUCGCCCGUCUUGUAACAAUAGAUGAAUCCUCUCAUGAAGAGCAACUCAUAAACAUAUAGUCAUG